UUCCCCGAGUCAAAUGACACCAAGGGCGCGCGCGUUUGCUCUCGUAUCUUCUUCUUAAGUGCUUAUCUACGCAAGAACAAUUAUAUUAACCACCAAACCUAGUUAGUUUCGGUCGUCUGUUUUCUAAUACUAAAUAUAAUAUGAAAAUUGCGUAGGUGAUAGAUUGAAACUCGCCGAUGUUUACACUUUCGUCGAAUUUCUGGAAUGUUUUGAAAGUUGAAGUUCCCGGUCUCUCGACUCGAAAUCGCCUCGAUGACGUAAGUCUUGAGAAAAUCGUACAUCACCGAAAUUAUCUCCCAUCGCGGAUCUUAAAGCAGUUAGAUCGACUUGGACCCCACUACGCAAUAAUACUCAAGUCAAACCGGGUGACUGGCGACGGACAUAGCGAUUCCUAACAAACUGGAACACGCGUUCCCGACAUCGUCUGCUCGCCCGAGGAAUGCUGGAACCUCAAUGACGACAUAGUAAGUCUGAGUCGGACGGCCGGUGUCGCUUUUCUACCCAAGAUCUCGAUUAACCCUUGAGUGCCCGGGACUGUGACGAAGUGCCCUCGCCAUGGCGUUAUGUCUGCGCUGCGUCAAGUUCGGCAUCGGGGGGCGGCUGGCGGCCAAUAAUCCCGGCUGUCGGGUCAUCGUCGGAGUGUCCGAAACUUCGUCUUCAACCCCGAGAGCCACUCGGUGUGUCCGCAGUGUCGCAGUCACCAGUCCGAAUAUUAUCCAGGCAUGCCCAGAGAGUGAGCUUCCAAAUCCGUUUCCGCCCAGCAGUUUCGGGAGCACUGUAGAGAAGCAGCAGCAGAUGUUUGAUUUGGGUUCGUCUGUUGGGCAAAAUCCUCUGCUCUCUCACGAAUCUGAGGAAUUGUCUCUUUAUUCCGAGAACCAGAAGGAAUCUUCAAGAAAGAAAUCUACAGACUCUCAAACGUACAUGCAUGAAGUUAGUGGAAAUCUCCAUUGUUUUGACCCUUUGGGGCUCAUUCUUUGUCCAACAGUCAGUAGCCCAGAGCAUAUUAUGGUAGCUGGUUCUGAUGUAUCUAAUUCUAGAGAUGAUAAGUCAAGCAUUAAAACUUUCCGGUUACCCCCCGAUUCCCUUUGGUAUCCAAGAGGCUCUCGCCACCAAGGGACUGACAUUGUUUGUUCGGUUUUGUAUAGUGAAUUAGAAAAUGAAGUGUUUGAGAAAUUUAUGGAACCAAUUAAUGUCAAAACUAACACUGCAGUAUUACACUCCGAGAAAAGAGAUGUGGAAACUCGUGUAUCAGAAGGAUGUGCCUUUGACGUUAGUGAUUUCAUGAAGGACGUUUGCCGUGCUAAGGAUAGUGAGUUAAUGUGUAAUGUACCAAAUGUUAAUUCUCCAAAGUCCAAUAAAUUACAACCUAGUGACAAGCCGAGUAUGGAGCAGCUUUCUCGUGUCUACAACGUCCUUGCUGAAACGCUCCCAAAGUUGUUUGUUCAGCCUCUUGACUACAGGAUUUAUGCUCAGCAAAUUGUCUUUGAGAAUAGGAUCCGAGGAAAAGUUACAGUGGGCUUGAUACCAUAUGUAAAGCAAGUGGCAUUGUUAAGGACAGUCGGCCAUUUGAAGUUUGCCUUUGUCAAAUUUGAAAUUUUGAAAAUAACAAAACAUCCAGAAGAUGGCACCAUUAGGGUUCGAUGGCAGAUCCGUGGUAUAUCAGGUCUAAAGGCAAUGGUUCAGUUUUGGAAGAUCAAGUUGUGGAACUGGAAAACUGUUCAAGACCAAAUGGAAAGUUGGUAUGAUGGAUAUUCUACUUUCUUUGUUGGUGGGGAUGGUCUCGUUUAUAAGCAUAUUGCAGAUAGUAUGAUGCCAGAUGAGGAGCACACUGUGAUUGAGAAGGGUCCCCUUGCAGCUAAAUUAGCAGCUCUCCUUGGUUUAGCACAUCGACCUAAUCUAGGGGAUGCUAGCUCUCCGUUACCCUUUGAUUUAAGUUCUUUAUCAAUGAUGCACAAAGAGGACGAGGAAACGUACUCCCAGUUAAUGUUACCCCUGGAGAGAAUACAGUAAAUGAUUGUGUAUGGGAUCCUAUUUGUUGUCAUUCAUUGUGAUGUAGAGGGUACUGUAUUUUGUGAAGUUGGAGUAUCUUGUGCUCUAUCAUGUACCAAUGCUCUUUUAUGUACUAUAGCUUUGCAAGUAAGGGGAAUUGGUGCAUGAUAGUUUGAACAAGAGUUUUUGAGCUCAUUAUAGACAUAUACGUAAAAGUGAUAAUAUUUGAAACAGUUUGAUUUGGGAGAAACUGUUGUGAUUUUUGCUUCAAAAUUCAUAAGAAUAUUGGGAAAUUCAACAAAAAUAUUUUUCAUUAGUAAAAGGGUAGAUAUGUACUGUAUUUGUUGAACUUAGAUUAGUGGGGUUUAUCAUUGCAAUGUAGGUGGGGUAUAUAUUUUUAACUACUAGUAAAAUGAGAAAUUCUUUAUGUGAGCUCAAAAUAUUCAAGGUAUUAACUUUGCAAAUGCUUUUUAAUAAGUUAUAUUUACUUUUAUGCAUAUGGUUUUUAAGAAGUUAUAUUUACAUUGAAGAAGCAAAUUUAUUAUAUUUUUGGAAUUACUUAAGAAGUGUGAACAGUGCUUCAUUUUGGAGUCCUAGUUGGGUAAGGUUUUCAUUGGUUAUGAGUGACUGUGAAAUGUUUGAGCAUCGCUCUAUUGCAGGUGAUGUACUAAAGCCAUUAAACUGAAAUCUUAUGAAAAGAAAAUAUGAUUUAGUGUUAGGACAAAUUUUUUUUUUUUUAUAAUAAAACCAGUAUGGCCAGAGCACUGAAAUCUAUUUCAAGUAAUAUGGAAAGCAUAAUAUGGUAAAGAUAAUGGGACUGCUUAGUUGUUAUAUUGAAGGAAGAUUUUGCAUGUCCCUUCAAAAGUUGAGACUUUUCAUAAGAGAGGUAUGAGAGCAAGAAGAGCGCAAAAGAAAAUACUCACGACUACUAUUUUUCUAUGCCACAUAUUGAUGCAUCAACAAACUAAGUUUUUCAUUGAAUAUAAAGAAUAUCCUGACUUGCAUUUACUUAAAUGUCAUCUUGAUUACUGUAUAUCUGAAGAACACAUGCCUUUGGGCUUGCUUCCAUGAAGUGGUUGAACCAAACCAUUAAGUCAUGAUUAACUCUAUGAAUUGGCAUAAGAAUUAUGGUGUGCUACUUGCAUGUCUUAGAAGGUAUCAGAGUAGGUGUCCAGGUUAGUGGAUAGUUUGCAUUCAAUGGUGAGCUGAAAUUCUCAGCUUUCAUAGGGCUGGCUCAUAGAAUUGCAAUCCAAUGUAAUUGACAGAAAAAGAUGCUUGUUGAUGUUUUGUGGUGGUAAUUUUUCCAAGGAAAAAAGUAGUUUGAUGACCAGGUAUAUAAGGGAAUCAUGAUGAGAUCUUAAUAUCAUUUGCCAUUAUGUUCAUCUUUAUUUAGCCAUAAGAAUGGUAUACCUACUUUCCUUUUAUAUAUGUUUGCCCCCCAUCUAGAUUGUAAGACAGAACAACCAUCUGUGAAGCGCCUCAGUGGCGUGAUUGGUAUGGUCUUGACCUGCCACCUCAGUGGCCACGAGUUCAAUUCUCAGGCAUUCCACUGAGGUGUUAGAGAUGUGUAUUUCUGGUGAGAGAAGUUCAAUCUCGAUGUGGUUCGGAACUCACGUAAAGCCAUUGGUCCCGUUGCUGAAUAACCACUGGUUCCAUGCAACAUCAUACAAACAAACAACCAGUUGUUAUCAGUAAAAACUAACAUUAUUAUAUUCAUAGUUUAGUCUGCCAGCAUUUGUACAUUUGUACAUCUUGCAAAGAAGUGAUUCUCUCUCUCUCUCUCUCUCUCUCUCUCUCUCUCUCUCUCUCUCUCUCUCUCUCUCUCUCUCUCUCUCUCUCUCUCUCUCUCUCUCUCUCUCUCUCUCUAACAUAUAUGUACAGUCUUGUAAGAAGGGGUCUUUCUUCAUGGGAAGUCAUUUUAAACAUCCUGGAAUUACCUAAACAAUGUCUUAGUUGGUCAUUAUUUUUUGGUACAGUUCUCACUCCACAUCAACUGGUCAGCGGUUCACUCCCGUCCUACCACCUACUACAGUCCAUCCAGAUGUAAAUGGGUACAUAAGUUGCAGACAAAAAUAGUCUUGGGACUAGCGGUCUUUUCCUGAAGUAGUGGCUUUGAAGCUAGAAGGAUGGACCAUGCCAGCACCACCCCCUCUAAAAGAGAAAAUUGCUUAGGAUGAAAAAUAAAUAUAUGAUACAAAUACAUAGAAAGUAAAUAUUACAGUUGUUGAAAUGUCUAUGCUAUUUCAUUAAAAAACAAUGAAAUUUACAUUUGUGCUGUUAACACUUGUUUAAUAACAAUUCAUGUUCCACCCAUUUUAGUUUUUAUGCCAUUCACGAAUUCAUAUAUUUUAGCUGAUUGACAAGACUGCUGAAGUCUAAUCAUUUUUAAUCUUGGCAGUAUUUGUGUUGCUUUCAAAUAGGGAAAGUGUCAUUCGUUUUAACCUGAAGAAAAAUUGCUUUUCACUUGUGGAUAGUCUUUUUACGAUUCUAGUCCCUGAGUGUAGAAAAUAUAGAAAAUUUAUUGUCAUCUUUUAAAGUUUUACAUCAACUUUGCCUUCAUGUGAUUGAAUACAUACAAUAAAUAGGUCCCUCCAGUUUUUCCUAAUUUUGCGCAUUGCAUAAAUUCUCCUCUGGUACUGGUUUUCCUAAUCCCCCUCUUCUUUUUUUCCCUUCAUUAUUCUGGGCCUUCAGUGUGGUCUUUUCAUGCUACUUCCUUAUCUUUAUUUUCUGGAGUGACCUUUCCUCACAUUUUCAUUGAAAUACUCAAAAUGUUCAUUUCAUCCUAUCACUGAAUUUUUUUUUUCAAAUUGCAGUUUAGAAGGUGAAGUACAGGGGUUUAUUAGAAGAGCAAAUGCUUUGAGCCAGACCUAUGAGAGUAUAAUUUAACUCAAUAAUCUAAAAAAAAUUAAGUGCUGAAGAUUAUUAUUUUGUGAGAAGUGAGUUAAUAAUACAUAAUGCCUUAGUUAGAUAAUGUAAUUAAUUUUACUCGGUGCAAGGUUUGGCACUGGUCUGGUCAUUGUUGCAAGGUAAUUUUAGUUGCCAUUGUACGAGGUGUAGGCAAUGAGAAAGUAAAAAGCAAUCCACUGUAUAUAUAUUAUGUAUCUGUUUUAGACUUGUAAUUUGGUGCUAGAUUAAUCAUAAAAAAUUAAAAAAAUAGUAAAAGAUUCAGUGAAUUAUGGUUACUAAAUUUUUUGUGGUAUAUGAAAAUUUCCAAAAUUACAUGAGAUAAACCUUUUUUUUAUUUUUAUUUUAUUUUUAUGUAACUUGUGAGAAAUAGUUGGUACCAUAAUAUGAAGGGUUUUGCUUCCUAGUUUAUUACCUUGUUAAGAUGAUUGAGAUAUUCAAUAUGCUUUGAAAUAAAUGUUCCUAAUCUUGCUGCAUCUGGUUUUGUUACUUAUGGUCACUGGGAUGAAUAUCUAAUCAAACUGUUUUCCAGAAAUGUAUAAUAUAUGAGAUCCCGUGCUAACAGCGUACAAUGAAAAAAGUUUAUAAUGAAAUCUUACUCUCUUCUGAGUAUUUCGGCUCAUUGCUAAUUCCAUUCCAGUGAAAUUCUUCACUUUUAUUUCUAUUUAAAUAAGCAUGUCCAGAAUCAACAGCUUAUUGGCUAGCUUCAAGAUCUAAUUUUCUUGUGAACCUAUAAUAUAUUGGAUUUUGAAAGAUGGUGUAUCCACGGUUGGUGUCGUGUUUUUUAUUUAGGUUGAUUUAGUACAUGUUAACAGGUUCAUGAAAUCGUGAUGCUUCUGUAUAUGAAAAAGAAAGGUAUCAAAGGAGUUUAUUUUGUUGGAGAUACUUAAGCAAAUUUUGUAUGAAUGGUUUUCAGCAUAAUUUUUUGCAUGCAUAUAUGCAUCACAAAAGCUGUGGAGUAAGGACUAUUAAGGUCAGGAUGUUUCCAACGGUCUUAUUUUUUUUAUUAAAUGUAUCAUAUGCUGAGUCAGUACUUAGCUGAAUGUAUUUACCCUGUGUUCUAGUAAACUAAUUAAUGAUAAUAAUCAAGAGAGUUCUAGUGUGAAAAUCACAAUUGCAAUAUCUUUAGUAGGUUUCUUAUUGCGUAUGUUGAUAAUGAUGACCAUCUAGUUUUCAAUUUAGAAUGCAUAGAAGUGAAGCUUUGUCUUUUGCUGUAUAAUAAAAUUAAGAUUAUAUAUCUAUGAAAUCUUAAUCCAGCUGAGGUACUAUUGUAGUCACCAAAAUCCAACAUACUCUUUGCUUAUAAAACACCCCAUAGGGUGGUGGUGUUUUUUUUUCAGGCAUGAGUUUUGUCAUGAGGACAUUCUCCAAACUGUAUAGGGUGGUGGUGGGUUUUUUUUUUUUUUUUUUUUUUUUUUUUUUUUUUGUCAUGAGGACAUUCUCCAAACUGUAUAAGGAAUUUUGUGUUAACUGCCAAACCCACAUGUGGAAAUUUUUUUUUUUUUCUUCUUCUUCUUUCCCCUAUCCGUGAUUUUGCUCACCGAUAUCAUAGUGUUUUAUUAGAUUAUAUUCUCUUUUAAUUUGUAAUAAAAAGCUAAUUGCAUUCUUUUAAAUGUGUGGUGCCGUUCUUAUCUGCUAUAAGCUAUAAACUGAUAACUGUGUUCAGGCUUAAAUUUUUGUGUUGUUUUGAAUAACAGGUUUUAUGUGUGGAUUAAAAAAUACUGUAUAAGAUUACAGAUUUUAAUAUUGGGAAAAAAACGGUAAUGUCCAUGAGUUUUCAACUGCAUUCGUUAUUUUUUUAGUAGUGUCCAUACCGUAUGUGGGUAUUAGAAAUCAAGAUUUUAUUUUUAGCCAUCAGGAUUACUGAAAGUAGGUACCAAUCUAAGAUUUGCAUUUAUUACAUUUUUAUUUUUUCUUAAUUAUUUAAAUUUUAUUUAAUCUUAAAAAAAAAACAUUUUAUAGUCCUUACAGUAAUGAAUACUAGUUUUUAAAAUUUAUCAUUAAAAUUUACAUGACGUUUUAUUUUUUUUUAAAGGUAGUGACAGUUUAGCACUCGUACGUAUCCAUCUUUAAAAGCAAAAAAUAUUUUGCUUAUGUAUGCACUGGAAGCAAGUAUAUUUGUAAGUUUAACUGAAUUCCUACAUUUUCAUGUAUUAAGAUUACAGUGGAGAUUAGCUGUUGUACUGCAGUAUGCACUACAGCUCUGUAACAAACUGUAACAUUUGAAAUGUGCUAUAUAACUGGUGCAACAGUUUUAAGUUUUACAGUCUUUAUCUUAGUUCAUGCGCUUGGCUCAUAUAAAUUUAUUGUUAUCAUGUAAAAAGAUUCCAAGUUUCCUGUUUCUCAUGGGAAGGGAGUCUUGCAGUAGAUUGUCAGACUUACCUACUCUAACCUCUGGGUAGGAUUGGUAGCAGAAGUAGUGAAAAUAUUAGCCUGGCCAUAUUGAGUAAGCCACUUACUGAUCAUGCAUAAAUCUUAGGCCCAAGAGAACAUGGUCCAGGUGACUGAACUGCCCAGUCAUAACCUAAUAAGAAGUUGGCAUUGAUGAAUCAGUAUCAUAUUUGUACUGUAGUCAUUCUCAUACAUACAUAGUUUCCAUUAAGAACUCUGGUUUAAUGAGUUACUAUAGCAGCAUUAGGCAGUGGCAUUAGUUGUCUAGUUUGGUUGCUCUUGAAAUGCUCUCUCUCUCUCUCUUUUCUCAUGGCUUAGAAAUCUUAAACACUAGAUACCUAUAUUAAUAGCAAUACUGUGAUUUAGUGGGAUGCUGGCAUUCAGAGAUUGUGAUGUCUGUCUGGUAUUUUGUAUGAAUGAGAUUCUCUUGUGAUAUGGUGGUGAAGAUAGUAUUGUUGGUGAAAAAUGUUUUGCAAUUUUGGAUUUAUUUUUCUUGGUGACGUAUUAGAGACUAUUAACUGUAAAGUAAACUGCAGAACCAAAUAUUUUUUUGUUAUGUUGUAAAAAGUGUAUAUAUUGUAUAGCAUAAGUUGAAGGUGGUUCAUCAUAUGCUAUUAGUUUUUCUCUUUUUUUUUUUUUUUUUUUUCCUGUGUAAAUAAAGGUAUCAGGACUGUCAUGUUAAACUGUACAUAUCUGAUAAUUGUUGUUUCAUGAAAAUGAAAUAAUUAUCUCAUGA